AUGCUUAAAACGAACAUGCUCGGUGGUGGAGGUGAAAACCCUCCUCGUUUCGAAUUGUUGAGUAUGGUGAGGAAGCACUCGAACUUGUUAGGAAAAACCACAGUAGACGAGCAAGAUGCGUCGGAUGUUGAAAUGGAUCCACGGUUUUGGCACGACGUCAUAGAUUUGUAUUUCAUUCGGGGAAAGGAAUCGAGGGGACGUCAGGAUGACGAUCUCAUUUUCUUUGUCAGAAAAAUGAGCUUGCAUGGAUAUGGUUUCAACGAUAAUGUGGAAGGCAACUCUCCUUACUUUGUACGCAGGUGGGCACCUAAGUUGGACAACUUAUUCAGUGAGAGUUCAGUAGAUGUGGAUUGGAGGCGCUCAUUUUACUUGAAUUUAAUUGCCCACACUUCCUUCAGUGUAACAGUAGCAAUUUGCAGCCAUCAGGUCCUUCGGAACUAUCAGAGUGGACAAGACACACCAUUGUCUCCCAUAUAUAAGGUACUGUCUACUCUUAUGGUAGCUGAAGUGUCUAAAAUUUUUGGAUAGGAAUAUGUACUUUUUGUUGAUCAUUUCUCAAUCUCUCCUUCCCCUUCUCCUGAAGAUGUUUUAAUUAUACAAGCUUCUGUCAUUGUGGACAAAAGUAAAACACACUUCCAUAGUUUAGAAAAGAAAAAAGUGUGGACAAAAAGUCAAAAUUGCAGGCAUAAUAGUGCAACAAUGCGCUACAUGUAUGAUGUUUCUCUGAAAGUUUGUGGAUGGACUAAUGUCCUUGGUUGGUCAAAAUUAAGGGUGUUCAAAUUUUUGAUUGGUCGCAAUUUCUUACCCUACCUGAUCCUACCCUACCUUAUCCUAGUGAACGGCUAGGCGCAAAAAUCGGGUAAGAACGCGAAAAUUUUUUUUGGUUUUUUGAUUAAAUCGGGUAUGAAUGUAGAAUACCCAUCAAUUUUCGCAUUCCUACCCUACCCGUAAAAAAUAUAUUUAAAUUUUUUAU